CUAUGUUUCAAAUGUUUGACACUAAACCACAAUUUGAUGAAUCUUUUAGAAAAGUAGAGUCUCGAAUUUAUACGCCAUUUAUCAAAUCAUUCAAUAACAAUGAUGCUGUGGAAAUUAUUAUAAAACAAGUUGAUUCAUUUUUCCUUAUGAGUGACGCAUUAUUAUGCAUUAAAGGAAAAUUAGAUGUUAAUGGUGGGGGAGAUGUUUCCCUAGCACCCAAUUUUGGAGCAUUUCUCUUUGAUUCUUGCUCAUACAGUGAAAGUUCUAAAGAAAUAGAAGUAGUUCGUGAUACCGGUAUAGUAAGUACUAUACGGUCCUUGUUGUGCUAUAAACCUGAGGAUUCAAAACAUAUGAGCAUCGGAGGAUGGAAUUAUCCGAAUAAUCCACAUCUGAAUAAACAAAAUAAAUUUAGUUUGGUGAUGCGUAUGGAUCAUCUAUUUAAUGUUUUAAACGAUUAUACUUUAGUCACAUGUGGAAAUCAAACAUUUCGACUAAUUCGUGCCCGUAACGAUAAUGAUUCUAUAAUCAUAACAGAAAAGCCUAUAGCCGGUGGGGGUAUAACAGAUACUACGGCAAAAAUAAUAAUUGAGAGUUUAGAAUUACGUGUAAAACAUAUAUUUCCAAACGAUGAAAUUAAAAUAGAAUUAAUGGAGUCUAUAAAAAAGGAUCGAUCUAUAUUAAUACCAUUUCGGAAGUGGGAGUUAAAUGAACUACCAGCGAUUACUGCUGGUGCUAAAAGAGAAAUUUGGUCUGUCAAGACUAGUGCAUCUGUAGAACGACCCCGUUUUGUAAUUGUAUGUUUUCAAACGGAUAAGCGAAGUAACGUAAAGGCUAAUGCUAUAUGCUUUGAUGAUGCUAAUGUUUCAAGUAUAAGGUUAUCGUUAAAUGGAGAAUACUGGCCCAACGAAAGAAUACAGCAUGACUUCAAAAACGAUGAUUAUAUGAUGGCAUUCCACGAUUACACGGAAUUCUAUGCAAGCUAUUCAAAUUCAAAAAUAAAACAUCCUCUUUUAGAUUAUACAGAAUUUAAAAAGCAUGCUCUCUUUGUAAUCGAUUGUUCGAAACAAGAAGAAAAAAUGAAAUCAUCCACAGUUGAUGUAAGACUAGAAAUUGAAAGUGAUACUGGAUUCCCCGCAAAUACUAAGAAUAUAAAGCGACAUAUAAUCCACAUUCAGGAAUGUCCUCACAUUCCUGAAUCCUUAACGCCCGAAUUCGUCUUCUCUAUGGCCCCGAUCGUUGCUUCACACGAAAAUUCCGAUGCAGUGCCGUAUUAA